AUGCCAGAUGGCGACUUCAUGCAGGGUAUCUUGGAAUCACCGGUGGAUGCGGUCUGGUAUAUAUACCUCACUUACUGGGCGACGAUGUGGAACGCUACGAUGGUUCUCCCAGCCCCAUCCAAAACCCUCUUCGCUCUACUACUCAGCGUGUACGGCACUCUAUCCCUAACCCUCGCUCUACCACUCGACCAAGUCAACUUCGAUUCCUCCACUAUGCAAGCGGCUUCAACGACGAAAACGACAUUUGCCUGUCCUCUCCACGACAAAGUCGGUUGGGGACUCAAUCCUUCAUACCUAUCUCAAUCCGAGAUGACCACGAUGCCACCCAAUUCCCGCAGGAUAAGGCGAUCUCGGAGACGAGAGCAAGGUCAACUUGGGUUUAGGCGGGCUGAAGAAGACGGACUUGACAAAGCCGAAGAGGGAGGCAAGGAGGGCCAGAGGUGGUUAGUAGACUCGCUGGAGCACCCAUCAUCUAGUAACGCGGAGGAUUUGGACGUCGAUGAUUUGGUAUUUUGCCAUUACCCGAUCAACACUUCGGACCGGACGUCGUUUUGUGUUUAUUCUAAGACUUCGAGCACUAUGCACUAUAGUCGUAUCUUCCUCACCGCCGCCUACGCUGCAACCAACAUUGGCAUGGUGGGCCUCGGUCUUUCGAUAUUCCUCUCCUUCCACACCCUCCACGUCUUUUUCAAACUACCCCCAGAGGAUCGGAAGCGGAAGCUACCCUUUGUCCUCGCGACUAUGCUUAUUCUCGUCCUCUUAUGCUUUGGACUUGUGGCUGAGAGUAUCUACCUCGGAACGGCAAUGGUGGGACCCAACGCGCCCCCCGUUGAUCUCCUGGAAUUGCACAUUUGGGAAGUUCUACAACAACUACGUCCACUAGCCAGGAUAACCACUUUUUUCGAUGGUAUCAUUCCUUUGGUGGGCGAGGCGAUCUUGAUCUACCGAUGCUUUACGCUAUACACGCACAUUCCCUGGGUAGUGCUGCUUCCUGGAAUUUCGUACCUUGGCGCUUUACUCUGCUACAUCCUCCAAGUAGUCGAACGCUUCGGCCAUCGUAUAUUCCCAGAGCAAGCAUUAUACACCUUCAUCCUUUUCCCAGCGCUCGCAGUCGCCUCCAACGCCGCCAGCACACUCUUGAUCCUCGGUCGCCUAUGGUACAUGCGAUGGACGUUCCACAAGGCUUCGUUGAGUUCGCCGUAUACCCGGCAGUACACAGCGAUAUCGGCUGUUCUCGUUGAAUCCGCGCUACCGCUCUCAUUGGCGGGCAUCGUGGCUUGUGUGUUCGCGAGCUGGAGUAUCCCGCUUGAAAUGCAGACGGCAGCUAGUGUUCCUUGGGUUGCACCGCAGGACGUGUCGCUCGAGUUUCACCUCUCGAACCCAAUUGCGUUUGCUGUUUCGCGGCGGAGUGAGUCUGCGUCUUCGGACGAGGAAGCAAGUGGUGGUGGUACGGCUGUCAAUGAACGGAGGCUUCUCAGAGUUACUGGAGAUGGACUGGAAGAGAGUAGGGAAUCUGGAAAAGCUGCUGGUGAAAAGGCUGCUGAAGAACGGGUCUGA